AUGGAAAUCCUGGAAUACAGACUGCAGUCAGCUGGGAGCUUGCACACCCCAGUUAAAAGGAGGCUCAUGCGGGAUUUUAGGUGGUUGCAAGACCCACCUGUGGAUGUUAGUGGUGCACCAUCUGAAAACAACGUCAUGCAGUGGAAUGCAGUUAUAUUUCCAAAUAAACCACCAACUGUUAGGUUUUUACCUAAAAUGUUUCAUCCAAAUGUAUAUGCUGAUGAUAGUAUAGGUGUAGAUAUGCUUCAAAACCGAUGGAGUUUUGAAGAUACAACAUACGAUGUAUCUUCUCUCUUAACAUCAAUUCAGUCUCUGCUAGAUGAACCAAAUCCAAAUAGUCCAGCCAGUAGCCAGACAGUGCAGCUUUAUCAGGAAAACAAAUGUGAAUCUGAGAAAAGAGUUUCAGCCACUGUUGAACAAAGCUGA